AGAUUGGCAUGGAGAAGGUCAAAGUGGAGCUCAGGUUCUGGCGGAGUCGGGCUCCAAUUGUGGCGUGGAUCUGCAGGCUUGUCUUGAUGAAGAUUGGCAUGAAGGUCAUGGAGGAGGUCACAGUCAAAGUGGAGCUCAGGUUCUGGCGGAGUCGGGCUCCAAUUGUGGCGUGGAUCUGCAGGCUUGUCUUGAUGAAGAUUUGCAUGAAGGUCAUGGAGGAGGUCACAGUCAAAGUGGAGCUCAGGUUCUGGCGGAGUCGGGCUCCAAUUGUGGCGUGGAUCUGCAGGCUUGUCUUGAUGAAGAUUUGCAUGAAGGUCAUGGAGGAGGUCACAGUCAAAGUGGAGCUCAGGUUCUGGCGGAGUCGGGCUCCAAUUGUGGCGUGGAUCUGCAGGCUUGUCUUGAUGAAGAUUUGCAUGAAGGUCAUGGAGGAGGUCACAGUCAAAGUGGAGCUCAGGUUCUGGCGGAGUCGGGCUCCAAUUGUGGCGUGGAUCUGCAGGCUUGUCUUGAUGAAGAUUUGCAUGAAGGUCAUGGAGGAGGUCACAGUCAAAGUGGAGCUCAGGUUCUGGCGGAGUCGGGCUCCAAUUGUGGCGUGGAUCUGCAGGCUUGUCUUGAUGAAGAUUUGCAUGAAGGUCAUGGAGGAGGUCACAGUCAAAGUGGAGCUCAGGUUCUGGCGGAGUCGGGCUCCAAUUGUGGCGUGGAUCUGCAGGCUUGUCUUGAUGAAGAUUGGCAUGAAGGUCAUGGAGGAGGUCACAGUCAAAGUGGAGCUCAGGUUCUGGCGGAGUCGGGCUCCAAUUGUGGCGUGGAUCUGCAGGCUUGUCUUGAUGAAGAUUUGCAUGAAGGUCAUGGAGGAGGUCACAGUCAAAGUGGAGCUCAGAUGGCGCAGCUGAUCAAGAGGAC